AUGGUCGCCAUCCUGAAGGUGUUCUUCUCACGGCGUCUUCCUCGCCACAGCUCCAGCUUCUCCUGGAGGAAAGGAGCCCUCCUGCUGCUCGUCCUCCUCUUUUUGGAGCCAACGUCAGCGUCCUUGUUCUUCAAAUCCAAAAUGAAGCCAGGGAAGUGUCCCAAAGAGAAGGAGAAGUGUCUUUCUUUGAAUUAUACCUGCCAAACUGACUUCGACUGUUCCCACUACCUGAAGUGCUGCAGUUUCAACUGUGUGAAGACAUGCUUGGACCCGUACAAAGAUCCCUGCAUGCUGACGAUGAGGCGAGGAGUAUGCAAGGGUUCACAAUCGCGCUGGUAUUACAACAGUAAACAAAAGGCGUGCAAGCCCUUCCUCUAUACCGGAUGCGAUGGGAAUGCCAACAACUUCCUUUCCAAGACAGAGUGUAAGAAGAACUGCAGAGAAAACAAAAAGCAGAGAGCGUGCCCCACCUUCCCUAUUGCGAACCGCAUGGAAUGUCCGGAUGGAUGUAAGAGUGACCUUGACUGCUCUGAUUCAGAGAAAUGCUGUGAAUCCACAUGUGGCUUUAUUUGUUCCGUUUCUGUGGAAGGUGAGGAGUGA